AUGUUUGUGUCUCACCAAUGGUUGUCUCCUCAACAUCCAGAUCCCCAGGGAGAGCAGCUCCAGGUUCUGCAGAAAGCAUUGACAAAUCUCAUCUCCGGCAAGACCUCUGUGUGCAUGUCGCCGGCUAUUGAGAUGUAUAUCGGCAGAGGUCAUGUUCCCAGCACGGAAGACUUUCAAUCACAGCCUUUGUACAUUUGGUAUGACUACUGGUCAAUACCUCAAGGACAAGAUCCCGAGGCCAUCAAGAAUCGGGAGCUCGCGAUUAGCACCAUACCAAGAUACGUGGAGCGCAGCUUCUUCUUCGUGAUCUUAUGCCCGGAAGUCUCCCAUGAGAAUGGCACCACAUUGAGCUAUGGCAGCUGGGAAAGCCGCGGAUGGUGUCGGAUGGAGCUCGCGGCUCGCGAGUUGACGCGUGAUGACGGCUACGUCAUCGUCCUCAGGGAUCCGAGUUUCCCAAGCUUGGCGUGGAACCACUUCGGCAAGGGAAAGGCCCCGGGGGUCGGGGACUUUACCUUUCAGGAGGACAGGUCCCGUGUUGCAGUGGUUCUCCAGCAGAUGCUCUGGAGCAAGUUGCAACAACUUCUGGAGAACGACCCCCAUAACUUCCGGUUUUUGUGGCACGUGCACCAUAUGCACCUGGAGGGCCUGGAGUCAUGGAGGAUGGAAGGCCUCGUCCCGGGGUUUUCGACCCACGUGGACCCAUCCAGUGAUCCGGAGGGCUUUGUGGUGGCACGCUUCUUGCACGACAGCCUCUUCAAGGCGUUGCGGCAACGUGAAAACGGAUGGUCGCCCCUGUGCUAUGCCGCCACCAAUGGUGAUGCCUUCCUGGUCGGCGCCCUUCUGAAACAAAAAGCCGAUGCCAACGACCGCCUCACCAAGAAGAAGGCGGAUUUGCCGAGGAACCUGCCGGUGCUCGCGAUUGCUGCGGCGUUCAAGAACAACAAGGUCAUGCAGGUCUUGCUUGCUGCUCGCGCCCAGGUGAAUGCUCGCUGUGGAUACGGCGGCACUCCCCUCCACUAUGCAGCUGCCUUCGACAAUGGUGCUGCUGUGAAGAUUCUGAAGGAUGCCAAGGCUGACAUAGGGAUCAAGCUGCCUCCUGGACUCAGUGCAUUGAAGGUUGCCUGCGCUCAAAAUGGUCCCGACGCAGUGAAGGAGUUGCUCCACCACUACCCAAGCUUCAGCCUAAGGUAUUGCCUGCACACCGCGCUGCUCUUCGAUGGAGAUGAUCGGAUGGUCUCUUCUUUGAUCGAAGCCGAGGCAGACAUCAACGAGCAGCUGCAGGUUCCCUUUUCUCGAACGCAGUGGUGGAUCUUCAUCAAGAUCCUGUCCGCACGUCACCAUUUCAGCAAAUCGAGCCUAACCUGCUUGGCCCACCAUCAUCAUGGUGCAACUCCCUUGAUGUUCAGCAUCUUGGCAGGGAAGUUUGCGUGCACCAAGGUUCUGUUGCAGGCCGGAGCUCGCUUGGAUAUCCGGAAUGGUCGUGGGAAGACAGCAGAGGACUUCCUCCAAGAGGUCGAGGCACCCAUCUCUUUCGAAGAUGACACCUUUUUCAUUUGA